GAAAGGGACAAAAGCUAGACCAAAAAUAACUUCUCUUCGGAGAGGGCUCGCAAACGUCACUUUUAAUAUUUGACUACAUUCUUCAUACCGCGCUGUGUGCAGACAGAGGAUGCUGCUCGGAUGAGUGUGUGUGUGCAGCACCGGGAGCAGACGCAGCUUACCGACACACACAGUUGAGGGCCGGUGGAAGUGGAAAACGUUAGCCCUGUCGGAAGGUGGCACAGCGACAACUAACGUUAACCUACACUGAAAAUCGGACGAGAAGGCUUGUGAGGAAUAAUGUAUCAGGUUCCAGUUGGAAACAUUGAGAAAAUCCGAAAGGCUCGUAAGGCAGUGAAAAGCAUCUUAACUGAGAUCGGCCUGGAAGACUGCCAACACCUGCUGGAGGAUCUCAAAGAAAACUCGGAGAAAAACUCAGAAGAAGACGAGGCCUUUCGGGAAACUGAGUGGGUUGAUUUCACAUAUGGAUACAAUGGCAGACAUCAGAAAAAGUGGCCCUAUCGGUCUCGAUCUCUGUGCUGUACCCUGUGCAAGUACUCUUCACAAAACAUCUACAACUUCAGGAGCCACGUCUCUCGCUGCCAUGGGUAUGUGCAGUCAUUCUGUGCGCUGGCACCCUGUUCGAAGUGCCUCUUCAUCGGCCACCCCAAGGUCGUCAAGAAGCACAUGCUGUUCUUCCAUUCCAAGCUCACCACACAUAUACAACCUCCAAGGGAAGUGUCUUUACCCACCCAUCACGGAAAUGAGAGGUAUCAGUGUCGAAGAUGUGGAUUUCCAAACUCGUCUAUCUUUGCGAUGAAAAAGCACAUCAUUCUCAAGCACCUGGAGAGUUUGGCAGAACAGUUUAUUGGUUACAGAUUAAACCUUCAAGGCACCACGUCUGUAAAGGUCUACUGCUGCAAGGUGUGCAGGGUGAACACUGGAAACCUAGACCAAAUGUUGCAUCACAUGCUGGUUGAGCCAUCACACUAUUCAGUCAGCACACAAGUGCAGAGUAUGAUUUAUGAGAACAAGAACUACACCAUUAAAUCAACACCCAAUGGGAAUGGCCUGUUUGUGACAUUCCCAAGUAUUGCUCCUAAACCACAGCAACCUCAGUUGUUCAACAGUAAGUCCUUGGUUUUACCUAGUAAUGGCCAACCUGCUGGGACUGUGGUGGCAUUACAGCAGUUACAAGGAACUACAAACAGUACUACUCUGAUCUGUGCCCCCGGAACCAACCAAGCUUUUCUUCCCCCUCAAGCGUCAGCGCUAGUGCAGCUCGCUAGUGCUGAGGCUAAAGGUUUGCUCCAGCCUGGUGCCACGAUUGCCCUCCGAAGUGCUUUGCCCCAAGGACCAUCCAUGGUCCAACUUCCCACGGUGUCUAAUGUGUCUCUGAAACAGGCACCAGUGACUUUAACUCCCACUUCUGUUCAACCACAACAGACUCAACAAGCGCAGCAAAUUCUUCUUCCGUCAGGACUGCAGGCCAAUAUGGCAGCUGGACCUGGGACUAUUUCUAAGCCUGCCAUGAUUACACAAAAUGUAUCAACGAACCAGAUCACCCUACAAGGGACCAUGCUGACUUCACAGUCUCUGCUGAGUCACCUGAUCCCGACUGGCAACAAGAUGAACGGCAUGCCGACAUACACUUUUGCUCCCCUGCAAGUAGCAAUGCCCGUCUCUCAGAGUACUCCUCUCAAGACUGUUGAGCAAACUAGUAACUCCUCACCACAAACUAAGAAAUGGAUUACCUGUCCCCUCUGCAAUGAACUUUUCCCUUCCAAUGUCUUUGACAUGCACACAGAGGUCGCUCACCAGACCAAAUCCAAUACAAACAAGUCAGAAAGUGUGGCAGCACGAGCAGCGUUCCUGAAGAAAAUGCCUGACAAAACUGUCAAAUGUCUAUCGUGCAAAAUGCUACUAUCAGAAAAAAGUGUCUUCCAGCACCUGCUGCAUGGCCUGAAUUGUUUGUACUGCUCGGCUUUGUUCUUUUCAAUCAAACAGCUCGCUGAGCACGUUAAGCAGCACAAUCCCACGAGCAAGGCAUACUGUGAUUUUUUGAGGCAGAAGUACAGGGUCUACUCGAAAGGUGUCGGAGGAAUCCUGUUCCCUUACUUUGACGUCCACACCACGGCGCCAAAAGAGGUCCUAGGAGAGACCGAGGUCAACCUCGCCCUGGUCACAAAUUCCCUCGACUUGAUCUUCUUUAAGUUGCAGCCCAGCAGCCAGCCAGAAAUCUGCCCGGCACCUGUGAAAAUCAACAGCUCGUACUGUCCUUUCUGUGACGAAAAGUUUCCCAAUGAAUCCAAACACCUGGAGCACCUGAAACAAAAGCACUUUGUUGCGCCCACCAUCCAUGCCAUCCUCAAGACGGAGGCUUUCAAGUGCAUAUACUGCAAUGGAGUGUACACAGGAAAGGUCACCCAGCAGGCGGUGAUGCUCCACAUUCAGCGAUGCCGGUGUUCACCAAAACAACCACAGCCCCCCAAAGCAAUAGGACCACCACAGCAGCCACCAAAACCAGCUCAGCAGCUCAAUCAGCCCCCUGGACUCUACUUUAUUCAGGUGCCACAAGGGCUGACUAUGAAACAAACUAUAGCUCCAGCUCGCGUGACUCCGGCUGCACCCACCCCACGGCCUCCAGAAUCCGAAGCAGAGCUGCAGUCUAAGAAGAGGCUGGAGGCUGCAUGGAAGGAGGUCCUCGAGGCCAACAAACGAGAGCGGGAAAAAAGGGCCGCCAUACGAAAGAAGCGAGAACAGGAAAAGUUGUUGCCUCCGCCGGAGCCCGUGGUUCAGAGCGACCCCGCUGUGAAGCUGCUGCUGGAGCCCACCCCUGUGGAGCGCCGCUGUGGCGAGGAGCGCAGAGACUUCAUAUCCAAAUAUUUCAACCUGAACCCCUACGUCACCAAAGUGGAGGCUGACGAGCUGUGCAGGAGGCUGUCCCUCACCAAAGCAGAGUUGGCAGCCCACUUCAGCAAGAAGCGCAGCAAGUGCAUGAAGAGUCUGAAGAGGAACACGGCCGCCAUUCUCCUCGGCUUCAACAUGACAGAACUGAGCAAAGUCAAGCACAAUCUCUUCAUCCCAGAUCAGCAGUCCGGCGACACUGCAGAGCAGGCGCCCGCUGAUUCCACAGAGCAGAUGGACGGUGAGGAUGCACCGGAACCGAUGGAUCAAAGUGGAAAUGAGAAUGCGACGGGUGGGAAUGAGUUCAGAAAUGUGUGAACAAUGUGAAAACAUCAAAUUAGGCAAAUGCAGAUGUCCCUGAUUUAAAAAGAGAAUAAAACACAGAUACUUUAAUGUUGGCCUUUUGUGUUAACAGUUACUGGAGAAGGUCAUCGUGCAGUGCAUAAAAUGUAUUUCCUAACAUACCAGUGAGGGCAGUUUCUUAAUGUAGCCUUCAUUAAUAGUGCUUCAUUUGACUUCAGUAUGUUGUCAGUGGUCCAUAUUCUGAUUUCCACAUUAAUGCAGAGCCUUGUUGUGCCGCUCCUGUAGAACAUAUUAAUAAAGAUACAGAUGUAUUGUCUGUGAGAUAUUCUGGUCUCAGACUGUUGAGUUGUAACAGUAUUUAGCUUGUUACAAUUUCUCUGUCAAUAAUGGCUACUGACUUCACUUUAAGCACUGAUUUGCUCUUGGUAGCUGCUUUCUUUCUCUUCUCCACUCCUUAUUUAAGCCCAUUUGUACAAAAUAGCAAUUCCUACAUUGCCUGUCUGCUAAUAUCAAGACUUCAGUGCACCCUUCAACACAGACUUGAUUAAAUUAAGAUUGUAUUAAAGGGUGCUGAAGUUAUGAAUAUAAUAAGUUUUUUAUUAUUAUAUUAUGCUUUGUUUUAUAAAUUGAUGUUUGUUUUACAUAUUUGGACCUAUUUCUGUCAUGUACACAGCUUUGUUUUUUUUUUAUCAGCUAAAAAAUGUGUUCACAUUACUCCCUCCUCUACAGUUAAACAGUUUAAGGGGAAAACGUGUCUUGGUCGUCAGCUCCUGCAGAUUGCCUCCGUGAAUCAGUUUUGAAGCCAAAUUCUCAAGAAUGUACAAUGAUCGAGUUGUCUGGUUUGCUGAAUUCCCAGAGUUGAUGAACAGUCGGUUAUUACAAAUCUCUGCCCAUGUUGCUUGCACGAGCCUUUGUUUUUUUGUCAGAUGAAACUAUGAUUUGUGCCAUUGUGAAGAAUUUGCAUAGACUUGUAUAAAUUUACUUCAGCAUGCAAAAGUCUGAGCACCCCUGGUCAAAAUCUCUGUUACUGUGAAUAGCUAAGUGAAUAAAAGAUGAUCUGAUUUCCAAAAGGCACACAGUUAAAGAUGACACAUUUCUUUAAGAUUUUAAGCAAGAUUAUGCUUUUAUUUCUGUCUUUUACAGUUUCUAAAUAACAAGAAGGAAAAGGCACUGAAGCCAAAGUUUGAGCUCCCUGCAUGGUUAGUAUUCAGUAACUCACUCUAUGGCAAGUAUCACAGCUCUCACCCAUUCCUCCCUGCAGAACGCUUCUAGUUGUGCGAGAUUUUUGGGCUGUCUUGCAGGCACUGCUUAUCUGAGGUCUAUCCACAGCGUUUCAAUGAUGUUUAGGUUGGGGGAGUGGGAGGGCCAUGGCCCUAAGCCCAAAGCAUGAUCGAUCCAACUGUGUUUUCAUGACAUUACACACCCUUUUCUCUCCAGACAAAAAAGUUAUAGUCCACACAAAUUCUUUCCAAAAUGCAUCAGGCUGGUCUAGAUGUGUCUCUGCAAACUACUGAUGCUGAAUUUUGUGGCGAGGACACAGGAAAGGUUGUCUGACUCCUCCAUGACGCUCAUAUUUGUGCUGGUGAUACUGCACAGUAGAACAGUGUCUGUUAAAUCCACGCGAGGAGCUUUGAUUUGCCUUAAAAGCUCUGAGCAAUGUUAGCGACCUAACAAGCUAAUUAAACGCUAUCUGAGAGAUCAAAUAGUUUGAGGGGACAAAACAAAAUAAUACACUAAUCCUGCUUAAAAUGUUAGAGAAUGUUUCAUCGCUAUUUUUAUUACUUUCAGAUCAUCUUCUAGUCUAGUCUAGAUUUUUCAUAACAGAAAUUUCGACCAGAGAUGGGCAAACUUUUUAAUGCCACAGAACCUAGAGAUUCAACAAAACAUAAAACAUGUUAUGGGGGGGGUCAACAUCUAUCUUAUGUUCUCCUGAGAACUUUUUUUUUGUACUAUACAUGUAUUUUCUAUAAGUCCGAGUGGAUCAAGAAUGUUGGGAGAGGUACAAAUUCUCAUUCUGUUCAAGGCCACUGUGUUGUAAAGAAUAAAGUGGUUUCCUUUUACGUAAAUGAUCAUUUUUAUUUUUC